AUGAUGCCCCUGAGUAUUGCCGUUAUUGCUCUGUCAGUCCUGGGCCUAGUGUCCGGCGAGGACAGCUGCUUUGCCACCGCUUCUGACAAAUGUGAAAACUUCAACAGGGGUCGGAUUUCUACAGUGAUGAAUGGCGGAAUCGUGGAUUACACAGCUGCCUGUGAAUCCAUCAAGAAACGAGUGGCGUGUGGGAUCGAGGCGGAAUGUGAAGAGGGACCCUGGGACCCAACGGACGACUUCCUGUCCUACAUGUUACAAUUCACGGAGGAGAGUGGGUUGUGUGGUGGAGAGAGUCAAGUCAGUGAAUGUGGACGAAGGGUGUCUCAGAAUUGCCUUAACGACCUUGUCGUGGGCAUGAAAGGCAAGGAUGCCUGUUCCUAUUACGGCGACUACGCGGCUUGUUUGAUCCGGGAGACGGUGGGCUGUGAUGAUGAAACCCUCAUGAUCGUCGCCACUCUGAUGAUGGACCAGCUAGCGGAUAAUUACCCCACGGUGGUGGGUGGAACAACCACAGCCAGCUGUCCCAACUGGAGCACCAAGUACGCCAAGUUUGUUGUUAAGAAAUAAACAUAUGAGCUUACUGUGACUUUCUGUAACUUGUCCUUACACCUUGUCACUCAGAGAAGCUCUUUCAUAUUUUA